AUGAGCGGCUUUGCUCCAGCACGCCCUGCACCAGGCCCUGGCCGCCCCGUCGAGCUCCCGCCGUUCGGCGAGGCGCCCUCUCGUCCGGCUUCGGUCAACCGCGCCGAGCCUCUGCCGCCUCACCAGCCUCACCAGCACCAGCCUGCGCCGCCGGUGUACGCCAGCACGAGCACUGCGCCCGGUCCAACCCCGAAGCGCACCACGCCCGCCUGCCAGAGGUGCAGGAGGGGCAAGGUCAAGUGCGUCACGGUCGACGGCGCGCUGCCGUGCCAGGUGUGCGUCUCGCGCGGUCACGCCGACUCGUGCGUCCGGGGCGAGAAGGGCAAGGCCGCCGAUGACAGGACGCCCUACGUUCGCAAGCGCCCUGCCGCCGCCGCCGACCUCGACGACCUCGCCGACUCGUCGUUCUCCGGCCCGCAGCACUCGAGCCGCCGCACGUCGUACCAGGGCCAAGGCGCUGUCGAGAGUGUCGGUGCGCGCGGCUCGAGCCUCGGCGGCGCGUCGGGCAGCGGUGCGGCAGGAGGAGGGGCAGGAGGAGCAGGAGGAGGAGCGUUCGCCGGCUCGCCGACGCCGCCGAGCCCGACAUGGUCGCCCCAGGCGGUACCUCUGCCGCUACGAGCUCCGGUGAGCGUCGGCGCGGCGGUCGCGGCGGUCAAGGGCGAGGAGGGCGCGAGCGAGGGAGGGCUGCCGCCGUUGCCGGUGCUCGUUGCAGGGUGCGAGAGCUUCUUCGAGGGCUUCUUCCAGCUCGGGUUCCUCCACCGGCCGUCGUUCAUCCACCAGCUCUCGACCCGGCCCGACACCGUCUCGCCCUUCCUCCUCCUCGCCAUCCUCUCCAUCUCGGCGCGCUUCGUCCCCGUCCUCGUCGCCCAGCACGGCUCGCCGACGCGAGCGAGCGAGCACUACGCCGCUCGGGCCCACGACCUCGUCCUCGGCGAGCUCGUCUCGCCGUCCCUCGCCGCCGUCCACGCCCUGUACCUCCUCGCCGUCCACGACUUUUGCCACGGCACGGCCUUCCGGGCCAAGGUCCUCCAGUCGGUCGCGCGCGACAUGGCCGACGCGCUCGACCUCCACAAGGACCUGCCCGGCGCGAGCGUCAUCGACAACGAGAUCCGCCGCCGCACGUGGCACUUCCUGUCGCUCGACGCCAACCUCGUCAGCGCCUCGCCGCCGCCGCCGGGCUCGUCGUUCGACCCGCGCACGGUCCCCGUCCCGCUCCCCUCGCACGAGCAGGACUUUUCGUUCGGCGUCCCGUCGCGCUUCGUCCAGUACUUGCCCGGCACGACGUCGGCCAUCGCGCAGGUGAACCAGACGGGGCCGGGCGAGGCGUCGCUCCUCGGCGCGCUCCUCGCCGUCGGCGGCAUCUUUGGCCGCACGGCCCGAGCGCUGUGCGACGAGGGCCCGUGGAGCGCGCCGUGGCACGAGGGCAGCCCGUUCCGCACGACGCAGAGAGCGCUCGAUGCGUGGCUCGCGUCGCUGGACGGCACGCGUCAAAAAUGGUCGACGCCCAACCUGCUCGCGUACCGCAACCUGCACCUCGACCUCGGCUUCUGGCACUGCUACGCCGACUUUCACGCCGUCCACAUCCUCGGCCGACGGGCGCACCUCGCGCAGAUGGUGCGGGCGCUCGCGCCGUCGAACGAGGACGACCCGGCGGCGAGCGCGGUCGACGGCGAGGCGCCGCCCGAGGGGCGGGCGUACUGGGCCGGCAUGGCCGCCGAGCUCGUCGCGCACGCGUUCGACGUCGUCGAGCUGCAGGAGGAGGUGUCGAGGGGCAGGCCGGCGACGACGGGCAUGACGCCGCACCUGUCGUUCUGCGUCUACCUCGCCGCGACGAUCCUCAACUACCUGCGCAUCUACCCUUGGCUCUGCCCCUCUCGCGUCUCUUGCGCCCCGUCCCGCAUCGUGACCGCCCUCGACCUCCUCCAGCAUGCCUCGAUCACCUGGCCCGUCGUCAAGCGCUGGCACCGCUCGCUCCUCGCCCACGCCACCUCGCUCGCCCUCGUCUCGAGCCCCAAACCGCGGCACGAGUCGACGAGCGGCCCUGCCCGCUCACCGGCGCACCUCGACGUCGAGCCGUCGCGGUCCUUGCCGCACGCCGGUGCAGGCGCGAGCGCGAGUGCGGCGCACGCCGCGGCGCAGGACGACGCGGGCCCGGCGGGCAAGAUGGACGCCGCGAGCGCGCUCGCCGCCAUGAGCGGCGCGGCGGGCCCGCCGCCCGUGCUCGUCGCCGGGCCUGUCGCCGAGCUCGACACGUCGUCGACGGCGGCGGCGUCGGCGGCGGCGGCGAGGAGCUCGGACGCCAUGUCGGGCUUGCUGCGCGCUGCGGCGGCCGGUGCGGCAGCGGCGGCGACGCAGGACGAGCUCGACGAGCUGGGCGACGACGCACCCGUCGCGCAGCAGCACGGCGAGGGCUCGGUGGCGGUGGGCGGGCUGUACACGCCGCACUCGGAGCGCGGUCCGAGCGGGUCCGACGAGGUCGACGAGCUGCUCCGGGUCGACUUUGGCGACCUCGACGAGCUCAGGGCGUUCCUCGGUCGACACGACGUGAGCGAGGGACGUCGGACGGUGGCGGUGGCGGCAGGGUGGACGAGCUGAGCGAGCGAGGAGUGCGCGACGGGUGGGUCCGUCAGGGAGCGAGUGAGCGUUCGCGGACGAGUGUGUAGCUUCCUCGCCCAAGGAAUGCGAAGCAGCGGCUUUCUUCUU